UCAGAACUGGGCCAUCAUGAUCCCAGUGAACCUUCUGGUCACUCCUUGGUUGACCAACUUAAUACGAGCAGCAUCAUGUCAGUGAACCCCCCGAGUAGCAAUGACGCCUGCCUCAGCAUCGUCCACAGCCUCAUGUGCCAUCGGCAGGGCGGGGAGAACGAAGGCUUCGCCAAGCGGGCCAUUGAAAGUUUGGUCAAAAAGCUGAAGGAGAAAAAAGACGAGUUGGACUCGCUCAUCACCGCUAUCACGACCAAUGGCGUCCACCCGAGCAAGUGCGUCACCAUUCAGAGGACGCUCGAUGGACGACUACAGGUGGCAGGGAGGAAAGGAUUUCCUCAUGUAAUUUACGCACGGCUGUGGCGCUGGCCCGACCUCCACAAAAAUGAACUCAAGCAUGUCAAGUUCUGCCAGUAUGCCUUUGACCUGAAGUAUGACAAUGUGUGCGUAAACCCUUACCAUUAUGAGAGGGUGGUGUCGCCAGGCAUUGUUGGUCUCAGUCUUCACAACACAGCUCCGCCCGGCGGUCUGAUUAAAGAAGAGUACAUCCAUGACUGUAUCCAGAUGGAUCUUCCACCCGGUAUGCCACUGUCUGACCACCAAGCAACGCUAAAGAUGCCUCCUACAGAUCAUUACGGCCAACCCCUGCCGCAUCUGUCCUCCGAGCCUCACGGACCGCCGCCGGUCACCAGAUACACUCAGCUGCCUGUCUCACCCAAAGUGUCCAACUCGGGCUCCAUGCUGCCACUGCAGGCCAGUCACGGCGACGGCCGCCCUCAGACCGCUUCUCCACAGGUGCAAGUUAUGACUCAAGCGCCACGUUCCCCGACUCCAAAUCAACCGCCCCCUCAGCAACAAGGUCCCCAACCACCUCAACAAUCCUCUCUACCUCCUCAUCAAUCCCACGGCCAGAAUGGAUACGGUAGCAGCAAACACUCUCAAAGUCAGGCUGCCUUCCACACGGUCUGGACAGGUAGCAACACCGCCUCCUACACCCCAAUAGGACCCCUGCAAAACGGACGUGGUCACCAGCCAACUCCACUUCACCAUCCGAGUCAACAUUGGUCUCAGCAUCAUGGUUCAACAUCUUUCGCCCCUUCAGUAUCCAAUCAUCCAGGACCAGAGUUUUGGUGCUCCAUCUCCUAUUUUGAAAUGGACGUUCAGGUGGGGGAGAUGUUUAAGGUGCCCUCCAACUGCCCCGUCGUGACGGUUGACGGCUACGUGGAUCCAUCGGGAGGCGACCGCUUCUGCCUCGGCCAGCUGAGUAAUGUCCAUCGCACGGAUGCCAGUGAGAGAGCCCGGUUACACAUCGGUAAAGGGGUGCAGCUGGAGUGUCGUGGCGAGGGCGACGUGUGGAUGCGGUGUAUGAGUGACCACGCCGUGUUCGUUCAGAGCUACUAUCUGGACCGGGAGGCGGGUCGAGCGCCGGGCGAUGCUGUGCACAAGAUCUACCCUGGAGCAUACAUUAAGGUGUUUGACCUUCGGCAGUGUCACAGACAGAUGCAACAGCAAGCUGCGACCGUUCCGGCCGCCGCCGCUGCGCAGGCGGCUGCGGUGGCAGGGAAUAUACCUGGACCGGGAAGUGUUGGCGGCAUAGCCCCUGCAGUCAGCUUGUCUGCAGCCGCAGGGAUAGGCGUGGACGACCUCCGGCGACUCUGCAUCUUGCGCCUCAGCUUUGUCAAAGGCUGGGGGCCCGACUACCCCAGGCAGAGCAUCAAACACACGCCGUGUUGGGUGGAGGUCCACCUUCAUCGUGCUUUGCAGCUUCUGGACGAGGUGUUACAUACCAUGCCGUUAGCCGAUCCGGGACCCGCUAACUGA